AGGCUAGUAGGACAGAAUUUAUGUUGACAAUUGUAUUUUUCAUCUGAAUAUAUCGCUGAUAUAUCGAUGAAAUAUCGGACACUUCCAUAUAUCGAGGCGUAUCGCCUGUCUCUACUCGUGUCCAACUCUCCGGUGUAUAUAGGCUCACUGAGAGUUUUUAUUUUUUUUUGCUCUUGUGUACGUUCGUCGGGGAAAAUAUGGCGUUGCUUAUAAAGCUGAAGAGUUUUGUUCCUCCGAUAACUUCGAAGAACACUGGGAUUUUGUACAAUGUUGUCAGGACGAAGGUACUGACGCAUCAUGACUGGAAGCCCGGACCCUACCCGAAGACCGAGGCGGAGAGGAGGGCUGCUGCCGAGAAAUAUGGAAUGCCUUACGAGGAGUACGAGCCCUACCCCGACGAUGGCUGGGGUCACGGGGACUACCCCAAGCUCCCGAAGAUCGGAGUGGCCCUGAAGGACCCCUGGUAUCCUUACGAUUGGCCGGAGGAGAAGAGAAACUUCGGUGAAGUGCUUCACGUAGAGAGAAACAUCCUCGGUGAAGAGCGUUGUGAUUUUGGAGAGAAACCAUUGGUCGGUUAUCGUGAAGCUCCCACAAUAUUUACACUAGUAAUGGUUUUCUUCUUCGGACUCCAUUACCUCCUCGAACCCUAUCAGUGUUUCAGACCAGUCCUUGAGAAGCAAAUACCACAGCCUGGAGUCGUGCACUACACAUUCGAGCCUGCACGCUGAACCGAAUAAUUCCACAAUUAAUUUGUAGAGGAGGUAUUACCGAUUAAACAAAUCAGAAUCUAA